AUGUCUUACGCUUAUCUCUUCAAGUAUAUCAUCAUUGGCGAUACUGGAGUAGGGAAAUCAUGCCUUCUGCUUCAGUUCACAGACAAGAGGUUUCAGCCUGUGCAUGAUCUCACCAUUGGUGUUGAGUUUGGGGCUAGGAUGAUCACCAUCGACAACAAGCCCCUCAAACUCCAGAUUUGGGAUACGGUCUCUCUUUCUCCUUUGAUUGAUUUAUGCCCAUCUUACUCUCAUUGUCUAGACUCAAAUAAAUUGAAACCUUUUUCUGAUAUGGCAUGGCAGGCUGGUCAAGAAAACUUUAGGUCUAUUACAAGGUCCUAUUAUAGAGGUGCUGCAGGGGCAUUACUUGUCUACGAUAUCACUAGAAGGGAGACGUUCAAUCAUCUAGCUAGUUGGCUAGAGGAUGCGAGGCAGCAUGCUAACGCAAAUAUGACGAUUAUGCUCAUUGGGAAUAAGUGUGAUCUUGCCAGCAGAAGGGCAGUCACCACAGAGGAAGGAGAGCAGUUUGCAAAGGAGCAUGGUCUUAUUUUCAUGGAGGCCUCUGCCAAGACUGCUCAGAACGUCGAGGAGGCAUUCAUUAAGACAGCGGCAACAAUAUACAAGAAGAUUGAAGAUGGUGUGUUUGAUGUGUCAAAUGAUUCGUAUGGUAUAAAAGUUGGAUAUGGAGGAAUCCCGGGGCCAUCAGGUGGUAGAGAUGGAUCCACACCGCAAGGAGAUUGCUGCAGUUAAAUAUGUUAAUGAUGUCUAUAUCAUCAUGUAAAAAUAACCAACACAAUGAUGUAAGCAAAAACUUCUAUGAUAUCUUUUUUUUUACUAUAGUUGUAAAUCCAUUUGAUCUUCAAUUUGGUGACUUGUGUUCUGAUGAAUCUCGGAACGAAUUAUUAAUUUAUCUAAAAGAUGUGUGUUUGCG